UUAUUAAGUCAUUAUCCAACUAAUAACAAGCUUGAAGGCAAUGCUAAUGGAAAUAGCUGUGGCAACUUUCUAAAUGAUUGCCAAUUGAAGUGAAAAUUAACGGUAUUCCCCUUCAUCAGGUUAGGGUGUCAUUUAACAGGUCCAGUUGAACCUUUUUUUACAAAGCUGGAUUUUUACGUUUGGUACAGACUGAUUAAAAACUACCAUGUUACCCAUACCACCCAGGUUUGGGGAGUUACUGCGACAGAGGGUACCGAUUGUCCAAUGGCUGCCGACCUACGCCCUCGGAGACGCAGCGUGCGAUGUCAUCGCUGGGAUCACUGUUGGACUCACGCUUAUGCCUCAGGCCAUUGCCUACGCAGGCCUAGCCGGCCUCAGCCCUCAGUAUGGGUUGUACUCUGGCUGGGUUGGAUGUUUGGUUUACAUCGUGUUUGGAUCCACUAAGCAAAUCUCUCUAGGUCCUACAGCGUUGGUGUCUCUACUUACGUUCACGUACACUCACGAUCUCAACGCUGACAUGGCUGUUUUCCUUUGCUUUAUAUCCGGUUGUGUUGAACUCCUGUUCGGGAUUCUACAUUUGGGAUUCCUGGUGGACUUUGUGUCAGUUCCUGUGGUUUCCGGUUUCACCUCCGCUGCAGCUCUCAUCAUAGCCUCUGCUCAGCUCAAAUCACUCUUUGGCCUCAAGUACAAUACAGAAGCAUUCCUCGACACUUGGACUGCAUUUUUAAGUCACAUACAUGAAACAAGACCGGGAGAUUUGAUACUUGGAGUGAUUUGUAUUGGGACGCUGCUAUCUCUUAGAACACUCAAAGAUUUUCGGGUUGGUAACACUGAAAAUAAAGAAGAACACAAGGUGAUCAACGGAAUCAUCUGGUUUUUGUCUACAGGACGUAACGCACUGGUUGUUCUCAUGUGUUCCAUUGUUGCGUUUUUGUUCCAACAGAAUGACUGGACCCCAUUUAAACUUACAGGUAAGAUUGAGGCAGGGCUCCCUACAAUAGGAUUCCCUCCGACAUCUACGGAGAUUAACGGCAGACAACUCGGCUUCACAGAGAUGAUCACAGAGCUGGGCGCUGGUGUAGUAGUGGUACCACUGAUAGCACUAAUCAGUAACAUCGCUAUUGCCAAGGCAUUCGCCAAUGGCAAGAGAGUGGACGCAACGCAGGAAAUGAUUGCUCUAGGGUUGUGCAACAUUCUCGGCAGCUUCGCAAGAUCUAUGCCAGUCGCAGGGGCUUUCAGCCGCUCGGCAGUCAACAACGCAAGCGGAGUUAGAUCACCGAUGGGUGGACUUUACACUAGUGUCCUGAUCCUAUUGGCUCUGGGAUUGUUGACUCCCUUCUUCUUCUUCAUCCCAAGAGCCUCUCUUGCCGCUGUGAUCAUGUGUGCUGUGCUCUUCAUGAUUGAUCUUCAAAUCAUCAAACCAAUGUGGACAUCCAACCGCAGAGAUUUAGUUCCAGCUCUGGUCACUUUCAUCGCCUGUCUACUAGUUGGGGUGGAAAAGGGGCUGGUUAUUGGGGUGGCAAUAGAUGUUCUUAUUCUUCUCUACUUUAACGCAAGGCCUCGUGUUUCCAUUGAUAAAGUGCAGGGCUCCCCCAUCUACUGGGUAGUACAACCUCACGGUUCAUUGUUGUUUCCAGCUGUGGAUUAUGUUUGGGAUAAAAUCGUCACCAAAGUGAAAGAAGGCGAACCGACAACUCUGGUAUUAGACUGCAGUUACAUCCUUCACACAGACUUCACAGCGGCUAAGGGAGUCUCGUCAAUGAUUGCUGACAUCAAGAAGCAAGGCGUCCAGGUUAUUCUACUGAAUGCGACAGACACAGUGGUGCACUCUCUCUCAUCAACCUGUCCAAACCUGCGGGUGGCCAACUCGCACCAACACGUCCAGCAGAUACUGUCAGAAGAUCCAAUAAAAAUUGAGAGUGGUUUACAACUGAAAUCCAUAAACAAUGAAACAUGAUGCUGAAACUAUUUUUGUCUAGCUGAUGCACGAUUUCAGCUUCAUCUAAUUUAAUUGAAUAUUAAGGAGAAAGGUCUGUUUUAUAAACUGAGUUUCAUCACAGCGAGAUUUUCUCACAACCAAAGUUUAAAAAUGUACGUUCAAGAGAUCAAAACAUGACCCUAGCUUGGUACUACACUUAAGCUUGACACUUAUUUUUCCCCCUAGAGAAAACUUGAUCCUUUAUUACAUUUUCAUUUCCUAAUUAGAUUUGGAUUUAAAGUAACUAAUCUCUUUAAUUUGACGGUGAAAUAAACUUCAGUGCAAGAUAUACAUAACUUAU